AUAAUUUUUAUGAAAACACAAAUUGUAAACAAUUAAAGAUAUUAUUAAUGCUAAGAAGAGGAAUAUAAGUCAACUAGGACUUAUAAAAAUUCUAGCGAUACAAUAAGAAUACUUACAGAAAUUUAAUUGUAAAAUAUUUCAAAUAACUUUAGACCCUAAUAAAUGUCUAAAAGCAUUUAAGAUGCUUAUGAAAAGGGAGAAAAUGAUCUAAAAAAUAAUAUCUUUGACAACAUUAUCAAAGAGAACAUAAGUUGUUUUUCUUUUGAUAUUUAUAAACAUUAUAUCAUACAAUGUAUUUUAGAAAAAGGAUUAAGUGAACAUAAAAAUUAUAUUUUAAGAUUCGUUGAAGAAAACAUGGAAUAACUAUGUUAUAGAAAAUAUGCUUAUAAAAUAGUUUAAUCAUGUUUAACUCAAUUCUAAAACAAUUAAAUAACUCAAUACAUAAUUGACAAUUUAAAGAAAUUAUAAUUUGAUUAAUAUGGAAAUCUCAUCAUUAGUACUCUUUUAGAUACAAUUCAAAAUGAUGAAUAAUUUGCUUAAAUAAUCAAUAAAUUAUAAAUCGACAAAAUUAAAUAUCAUCAAUAUGGUUGUGUAAUUUUAAUUAAUAUGGUUACUUGUAAUAAGUCUAAUCAUGUAGAUCUAAUAAUAAAUAAGCUUAUAUAAGAAAGCAUUCAAUUAUCAAAAUCAUAAUAUUCAAAUUAUAUAAUCUAAAAAAUGCUAAAAGAAAGAACCAUAGAAUAAAAUAAAUUAUUAAUUAAUGAAUAUUUGAUUCCUAAUUUUAUUGAAUUAUCUUGUAAUAAAUUUGGAAGUAAUGUUUGUGAGAUCAUGGUCACUAAAUCACUUGCUUAUUAACUAUAAAAUUUAUGGAAUCUUAUAAUAAAAUAGUAUUAUUAUUAUUUUAUUAUUUUAGAAAUCUUAGAUCGCUAUUAAAUAAUGAGUAUGCUAACUAUGUUAUGUAAAGGUAUUAUACUUAUAUUUUAAUGUUUAAUUACAUUUUGGAUGAGUUUUAAUAAUAAUUAUAUGAAAUGAAUAGAAAACAAUUAUUGAACCAAAAUGGUAAAAUUGUUUUUCGAUAUGUUAAUCAAUGUAAUCAAAUAGUCCAAUAAAAUUUAUCAUAUUGA